GCGGCUGGGACUUCAUGAAGUGAGCAUGUAGUUUAGAUCAGAUGAGAUCGGGACACACACAGGACCUCGGUUUAAUGACCAGGCGUGACCGCGGCGCAUCGCUUCUGUAGCGGCUGCAUGCAGAUCAACGCCUCGGCCAUGACACAGACGACACGCGCGUGAGCCGAGCCGAGGCCCCGCCUUAAAGGUGCUGCGCACUUACAGAAUUGAUCGGAUUGGUGUGCGAUCGAUCGAUCGAUGCAGAUCUGAAUCAUGUCAAGCGGACAGGACGAGAGCACGGUCCGGGUGGCGCUCAGGAUUCGUCCUCAGCUGGCGAAGGAAAAGAUUGAAGGAUGUCACAUCUGCACGUUUGUGACCCCCGGCGAACCCCAGGUGGUUCUGGGAAAGGACAAGGCCUUCACGUACGACUAUGUGUUUGACAUGGACUCGACGCAGGACACCAUCUACGCCAACUGCACUGAGAAACUCAUCGAAGGAUGCUUCGAGGGUUAUAAUGCCACUAUCUUUGCCUACGGACAGACAGGGUCGGGGAAGACGUAUACGAUGGGCACGGGCUUUGACAUGGCCAUCCCAGACGAGGAGCUGGGCAUCAUCCCGCGGGCGGUCAGUCACCUCUAUAAAGGCAUCGAGCAGAGACGGCAGGCGGCCGCAGAGCAGGGUCGACCCGUCCCAGAGUUCAAGAUCAGCGCACAGUUUCUGGAGCUGUAUAACGAGGAGGUGUUAGAUCUCUUCGACACCACGCGUGAUAUGGAGAUGAAGAAGCAGAAAUCGCACAUUAAGAUCCACGAGGAUGCCAGCGGCAGCAUCUACACUGUUGGCAUGACCACACGCACGGUCUCCUCAGAGUCGGAAAUGAUGCAGUGUCUGAAGUUGGGCGCUCUCUCCCGCACCACUGCUAGCACGCAGAUGAAUGUACAGAGCUCUCGAUCUCACGCCAUCUUCACCAUUCACAUCUGCCAAGUGCGCGUUUGUGCACCCGCUGAAGAUCCCCCAGAGCAGGAUGGGGAAACGGACAAUCGACUGGCCAGCAGCUCGUCUGAGCUGGAAGAGUUUGAAACGCUCACAGCCAAGUUUCACUUCGUGGAUCUGGCUGGAUCAGAGAGACUCAAGAGGACGGGGGCCACGGGGGACCGAGCCAAAGAGGGCAUCUCCAUUAACUGUGGACUGCUGGCAUUAGGGAAUGUCAUCAGUGCUUUAGGAGACCGAAGCAAACAAUCAACGCAUGUGCCUUACCGAGACUCCAAACUCACUCGCCUCCUGCAGGACUCACUGGGCGGAAACAGUCGAACAGUGAUGAUCGCCUGCACCAGCCCAUCAGAUCAGGACUUCAUGGAAACCCUGAACACACUGAAGUAUGCUAACAGAGCUCGCAACAUCAAGAACAGGGUGAUGGUGAACCAAGACAAGGCCAGCCAGCAGAUCAGUGCACUCAGGACGGAGAUCGCCCGACUGCAGGUGGAGCUCAUGGAGUACAGGACGGGGAAGCGUAUGGUUGGAGAGGACGGCCUGGAAAGCAUCAGCGACAUGUUCCAUGAGAACUCAAUGCUGCAGAUAGAGAACAAUAAUCUGCGCAUGCGUGUGAAGGCCAUGCAGGAAGCCAUCGACGCUCAGGGCGCUCGGCUCACGCAGCUGCUCAGUGCACAGGCCAAUCAGGUGCUCUCCAGAGCAGGUGAAGGCAGUGAGGAGAUUGGAAAUAUGAUUCAGAAUUACAUCAAGGAGAUCGAGGAUCUGAGAGCCAAACUUCUGGAGAGUGAAGCAGUGAAUGAAAACCUGAGGAGAAACCUCACUCGAGCGUCCAGCCGUCCUCCGUUUUACGGAUCGUCUGGAGGUUUUUCUCCGGCCCUGCUGGGGCCCGACCCGAGCCAAGAGACCUCCGACAUCAUUGAGAUCGCCAAGAAAGAUCUGGAGAAACUGAAGAGGAAGGAGAAGAAGAAAAAGAAGAGACUCCAGCAGCUGCUGAGUGACAAGAGAGAUGAGGAUGAGGAGGAAGAGGUGGAGGAAGGCAGUGCCAUCAAAGAUGAAACACUUGACGGUGAACAGAAGAUUAUCGAGAGAGAGCAGUUAGAAUCGACCAAUCAAGAGCCAGAGAUGGAGGCCAGUGACCGUGAGGAUGGAGAUGGAGAGGAAGAUGAGGAGGAAGUGGAGGAAGAGGAAAUGGAUGCGGAGGAGAGCUCAGAUGAGUCUGACUCUGACCUGGAUGAGAAGGAGGACUUCCAGGCAGAUCUGGCCAACAUCACGUGUGAGAUCGCCAUCAAGCAGAAGCUGAUCGAUGAGCUUGAGAACAGUCAGAGACGUCUGCACACGCUCAAGCAACAGUAUGAGCAGAAACUGAUGAUGCUGCAGAGCAAGAUCAGAGACACACAGCUGGAGCGAGACCGUGUGCUGCACAACAUGGGCUCUGUGGAGUCAUGCUCUGAGGACAAGACCAAACGGAUAAAAGCGGAGUACGAGAAGAAGCUGGGUGUCAUGAACAAAGAGCUCCAGAAACUACAGGCGGCUCAGAAGGAGCACGCUCGCCUGCUGAAGAACCAGUCACAGUACGAGAAGCAACUGAAGAAACUACAGCUGGAUCUGGUGGAAAUGAAGAAAACCAAAGUGCGUCUGAUGAAGCAGAUGAAGGAGCAGCAGGAGAAGAGCAGGAUGGCCGAAUCCCGCAGGAACCGAGAGAUCGCCACACUUAAAAAGGACCAACGCAAACAGGAGCAUCAGCUAAAACUGCUUGAAGCUCAAAAGAGACAACAGGAACUUAUUCUGCGCAGGAAGACUGAGGAGGUGAGCUCUCUGAGGAGACAGGUGCGACCCAUAUCAGGAAAGGUCACACGAAAGGGGAAUCUGUCUGAAACAAGUCAGGACUUCUCUCACAGAGCAGGUCGCACAUACUCAGCCUCCGGAGCAGCUACUGGAGCCAGAUCAUACCAUCGCAGGACAGUCGGGGUGUACUCUACCCGAGUGGCUCGUGGGAAAUGGCAGAGUUUGGAACGGCGUGUCUCUGAUAUCAUCAUGCAGCGCAUGACCAUUUCCAACAUGGAGAACGACAUGAAUCGUCUUCUAAAGCAACGUGAAGAGCUGACGCGCCGGCGGGAUAAGAUCAGCAGAAAGAGGGAGAGACUGCUGGCGGAGGAACCGGAGGUAGAAAAAGAUGUUCAGUCUCUGAAUGAGGAGCUGGAGUCUCUGCUGGCUAACAUCGACUACAUCAACGACAGCAUCUCUGACUGCCAGGCCAACAUCAUGCAGAUGGAGGAAGCCAAGGAGGAGGGUGAUGCUGUUGAUGUUUCGGCUGUGAUUACUUCCUGCACUCUCGCUGAAGCUCGAUUCCUAUUGGACCAUUUUAUGUCCAUGUCCAUCAACAAGGGUCUACAGGCUGCUCAGAAGGAAUCUCAGAUAAAGGUGUUGGAGGGGCGACUCAAGCAAACUGAGAUCAACAGUGCCACUCAAAACCAGCUGCUCUUUCACAUGCUGAAAGAGAAGGCAGAGUUUAACCCGGAACUGGAUGCGUUGUUGGGAAACGCUCUACAAGAGCUAGGUAACAUGCCCUUGGAAAAUGGAGAUGAUAGUAGUAGUGACGAGUCAACCCCAAGUCCUGCAGUGGAAGGAAACACCCUGGCCUCAGACCUUAUGAAGUUAUGUGGCGAGACUAAAUCUAGGACUAAGGCCCGAAGAAGGACCACUACUCAGAUGGAGUUGCUCUAUGUGAACAACUGUGAUUCUGGCCCGGACACACCAGCAAGAGACUUCUCUGUCCCUCUACACCCAAUGACUGAGACAUCCGAGGUAGCUGGAGACCUGGAGUCGGCUGGAAAUACAGUCAGGGACCGGGACUACAUGCUACCUCCUGCAAGCUUGUCCUCUAGAAUGGGUACCAUUAGCAGCUCUGGCAACAGACUUCCAGCAGGUGGCCAAAAGAGAGUACCGGAACCAUCCCCUCUGUUUCGCAGGAAGACUUAUGACAAGGGACAAGCCCUGACUGACAAGGGCAAAGCCAAAGAAAUCACACAAGGUGUGAUCAACCCUGUUCCUGUGUCGAAGAGCAGUCGUAGCAGUUCUCUGCAGUGUGUUCAUAUAGCCGAGGGUCACAGUAAAGCUGUACUGUGUGUCGACUCCACAGAUGACCUCCUCUUCACCGGGUCAAAAGACCGGACUUGUAAGGUGUGGAACCUGGUCACAGGACAGGAGAUCAUGUCUCUAGGUGGCCACCCCAACAAUGUGGUAUCUGUGCGUUACAGCUCCAGUCUGGUGUUCACAGUUUCUACCUCCUACAUCAAAGUCUGGGACAUCCGUGACUCUGCAAAGUGCAUCCGGACACUCACAUCAUCAGGUCUGGUGAACACUGGUGACACAUGUGCAGCCAGUACAAACCGCACCGUGACCAUCCCGGCUGGUGAGAACCAAGUCAACCAGAUCUUUCUGAACCCGUCUGGCACUGUUCUCUAUGCUGCUGCAGGCAACUCUGUUCGUGUGUGGGACCUGAGACGAUUUGUGUGUACAGGGAAACUGAUGGGUCAUCUGGGUCCAGUCAUGUGCUUGACUGUUGAUCAGACUGGAAAUGGACAGGAUCUAGUUAUCACUGGUUCUAAGGAUCACUACAUCAAGAUGUUUGAUGUGACAGAGGGUGCUGUGGGUAGUGUCAGCCCCACUCAUAACUUCGAGCCGCCCCACUAUGAUGGCAUCGAGUCCCUGGUGGUUCAGGGAGAUUGUCUGUUUAGUGGCUCCAGAGACAACGGCAUUAAGAAAUGGGACCUGACCCGCAAGGACCUACUGCAGCAGGUACCCAACGCUCAUCGUGACUGGGUCUGUGCUCUGGGAGUGGUGCCGGCGUUUCCCAUCCUGCUGAGCGGCUGUAGAGGAGGAGUUCUCAAACUCUGGAACACGGACACCCUGAGUCCGCUGGGAGAACUCAGAGGCCACGACAGCCCCAUUAACAGCAUCUCUACCAACAGCAGUCAUCUGUUUACUGCAUCAGAUGACCGCACAGUGAAGAUCUGGCGUGCGAGAGGAAGUCUGGAUGGCGUCGCAGAUGUGGCCGAUGCCAUCGACGAGGCCACCAGUAACUGAUGACUCAACUCAAGACAUUUGCACUUUGACCCCACUAAUGAAACAUGGAUAUCCAGUUGACUCUUCGGCAUUCAACACACACAUCCCGACAGAAUCUACUCGAAUCAGAAUCUUCUCACCAUGGUUGCUUUGGACGUUUCCGAAGGUUCAUGGCGUCUUUAGUGAUGUCCCACAAUUAGGCAAAGUCAACGUCACUUGCUAAAUAAAGCUCUUUGUCCUUACAAUAACCAUGUCAGCUGGGUUAAUUCUAACAAUCAAGAAGAUGGCUGUGAAAACAAUCAUGUUGCUCAGAGUUCAGUUGAGGAAGAGGAACCGGAUCUUCUGUAGCAGGCUUCAAUAUUCCAGUUCAAGCAGAGCAUUAUAGAGUGCAAGAGUCUAAGGACUAACUGGGUGAAACCUCACUAUAACAUACCCAGGUCAUAGUUCAUCUCAAAAUAUUGAAAAACUUAUUUUGCAUUGAGGCUAUUUACAUUUUUUUAUUUUUUUUGUCUUUUUGCAUUAUGACCAUUAUGCAUAUUUCCCCACAAAUCUUAUUACUAUAAUAGAAAAAUCUGUCUGUCUUUUAGAUUCAAAUUGCAACAAAUACCAAAAUAAUAUUUUUUGGCAAAUUAUUUCUGCUAAAUAAAUCAUUUUGGUGUUCCAUGGAGGAGAGAGAGAUUGUAUUCUGAAAAAAAUCUGGAGAAAAAUGGCCAAAUUAUGACACAUUGUAAUUGCUAUUUAAUUUUUUUUGCUUUUGAUGUUUUAGAAAAAAAGAAUGUUUAUACUCAACAAGACUGCAUUAAAUGUGAUUAAGAAUUCGUUAAAAAUAUAGUUUAAUUUAAGCUGAUUGAAUCUAAACACUUGUAUGUAUUGGAUAAUUAUAGUAAUACAUUUAUUAUUAAUUAUAAAUACUGUGUUAGUACUGUAUAACAAUCACCAUUGAGAAUUAUUCCAUUCUGUUGUAUUUUAUUCUAGGACUGCAAUAAAAAAAAAAAGUCUUGACCCGAUACAGUAAGCAAUUAACACUUGAGGAGAAAAAGGAGGAAAGCUCAGUAAAAUGUUUUCAAGAGAAAAGGUCUUUAAAAGUGACAAAAUAUAAUAUCUGAUUAUUUUUUUUAUUUUUAUUUUUUAUUUUUUUGAGGUUGAACUAUGACCCUUAUUUUUUUCAUCUUCGUUUUCACCAAACUGGAAUCCCCAUGACCUUAACUGAGCUCAUGUUUGGUGUAAGUGUGGCCACCAUUGAAAGUGUGAAAUCAUCCUUCUGCUUGUAUCACAUAUAUAUACUCUUAUCAGUGUAACAAUAUAGAGCUCUGUAUCACACAUCACUCUCCUCACACUCGUUCUGUAUUGCUGUCACUCCAUUAACCUCUUUCUUACAGUUGUUCAUGUCUGUUGGGUCUGUGUUGCAUUCAGAUAAACACCCUAGACACUAUAUAUAUCUAUCUACUGAGGAGAAUAACUCGUGCCUGUACCACUCAUCUCUAUAGAGCAGUGCUUCUCCCAGACCUCCAGUAAAUGUGCUCGUUUACAUGUCAGACUGUCUCCCGGCAUUGUGCUCGAUGAAAUAAACAUAUUAAGACCGACUUUAAAGCUUUUGUAAGCAGGUGUUUAAUGCUCUUAGUUUUCCAGCCACGCUUUGGCUUUCUGUAUUGAUGAUGUUUCUGAUUUACUCUGGAGGUUUAGUUACAAUGGCGACCCAAUAGUGAUUUGAAUGUCAGAUGUCAAUUGAAUUAAAUGCAUUCUGACAAAAACCA